CUGGGUUCCUACUGGUUCGGCCGGAAGCGGCUAGCAGCAUUAGCAGCGUUAGCUUCUCCAGCUGCGUGUUGGUCAGCUGACUGAUCAUGUGUCUCCCGGUCGGUCCGGUUCCCACCUCAGAGUAUCUCCAUUUCUCCUCGGACUACCCGCAGCAGGGAGGCAUGAAGCUGGAGACCCAGUGAAAAACUGCUGGGUUCAAAAAGCGAGCCGAGCCUGGUUCUGGUUCUGGUUCUGGUGGACGUUUUCCUAAUUUGGGUUUGGAAGAACCUCCAGGAUGGGUCCAGACGGGAAGAAGCUGCUGAACAUCGUCAUCCUCGGCUUCGGCUUCAUGUUCAUGUUCACAGCUUUCCAGACAUGUGGAAACAUUGAGCAAACGGUCAUCAAGAGCUUUAACAGCACUGAGUUUCAUGGAAGUGGCUAUACAAGCAUGGCGAUCAUUUAUGGCGUUUUCUCCGCCUCCAACCUGAUGGCGCCCUCCGUGGUGACGCUCAUCGGCCCGCAGGUCUCCAUGUUCCUCAGCGGGAUCCUGUACAGCGGCUACAUUGCCAUGUUCAUCCACCCGCUCACCUGGACCUUCUACACGGCCUCCGUCCUGGUGGGCGUGGCCGCCGCAGUCUUGUGGACGGCUCAGGGAAACGUUUUGACGAUCAAUUCCACCGAUCGAUCCAUCGGAAGGAACAGUGGCAUUUUCUGGUCGCUGCUCCAGUUCAGCUUGUUCUUCGGGAACCUUUACAUCUACUGCGCCUGGCACGGCCACGUCCACAUCACAGACAAGGACCGUCGGACCGUCUUCAUCUCUCUCACCGUCAUCAGUUUGGUCGGCUGCUUCCUCUUCUUUCUGAUCCGGAAACCCGACCCGGAGUCUUCCUCCGGUUCUGAAGCAACAGAGUCUCUACUACAGACUGAGUCUGGAGAUGGAUCCACAGACAGUUCUUCCAGACCAGAUCUCUGCACUCAGGCUCUGGACGCUUUUGUCCAGGCCUGCAGGAUCUCCGUCACCAAGGAGAUGCUGCUGCUGAGCGCCUCCAUCGGAUACACAGGUCUGGAGCUCACCUUCUACAGCGGUGUGUAUGGAACCUGCAUCGGUGCCAUGACCCGGUUCGGGUCCGAUGCCAAGAGUCUGAUUGGCAUCUCAGGGAUCUGCAUCGGUCUAGGAGAGAUCAUAGGAGGGGGCGUCUUUGGGAUGCUAAACAAGAAAAAUCGCUUUGGGCGGAACCCGGUGGUUCUGCUGGGCCUCAUAACCCACUUUGUGGCGUUUUUCCUGAUUUUCUUGAACAUCGCCAGUGAUGCUCCGCUGGCGCCGGAGGGAGGCACGGAUCUAGAGGCCUUCAUCACACCCAGUGUUGCCGUGGCGAUGAUCUGCAGCUUCCUGCUGGGCCUUGGCGACAGCUGCUUCAACACGCAGCUGCUCAGCAUCAUCGGUUUCCUGUUCCGGGACAACAGCGCCCCUGCCUUCGCAGUCUUCAAGUUCAUCCAGUCCAUCAUGGCAGCCGUGGCCUUCUUCUACAGCAACUUCCUGCUGCUGCACUGGCAGCUCCUCAUCCUCGUCGUCUUCGGCUUCCUGGGCUCCGUGUCCUUCUUUGCUGCCGAGUGGCUCGCCGAGUCCAGGAGGAGGGACUCGGACUACGACAGCAUCUGAAGCGUCCAGGAAGACGCCCAGAUGGACGGACGCCAGGAGAUGCUGUCCUCCCACAUAAACUCCUUCUUUCUUUAAGCUCACCUUGCUGGAUGGUGGAGGGAAAACCUGGAGCGGAUCAGACCUGAGGAAGCUGCUGCUGUAGAUGUCUGGAGAGACCGUGGAUGUCCAGGUGGUCUAACCCUCUCUGCAGAACCUCGGACACCAGAACCAGAACAUCUCAGUUUAAAUGACACACUAAUGCACAGGUGUCAAACUCCAGUCCUCCAGUCCGCUGCCCUGCAUCUUUUAGAUGAGCCUCUGCUGCUUCACCUGAACAGAAUAAUCAGGUCAUUAAGGCUCUGAGAACUGAUCUGCACCAGGAGGAGGUGAUUAAACCGUUUUCACUCCAUCUAGAACCUGCAGGACAGCGGCCCUACAGGCCUGGACUUUGACACCUCUGCACUAACUGGAGCUGGGUUUAUUUAAGGGCAUCAGCGUCCAUCAGUCCAGAUAUAAAUGCACACCACACUUUUCAGAUUAUUAAAAUGUAAAAAAAAAAAAAUCUAUCAAUAAUUUGGAUCAUUUUCUUCCUCCGCAUAGUUCUGGUCCCUGAAGCUUGGGUUUGGACUAGGCCAAAAUGUUCUGGAAUACUUGGAGGUAAUCGGGUCAGAACCUUUGAACUGGAUUUUAUUCAGAGUUUAAUCCAAGUUGAAUUGAUCUCAAAGGGAAAUUAGUGAGUAGAAACUUAGUUUUAUUAUUUUCAUGCUAAUUUUGGAGCUCCGCCUUCGACUUCCUCUGGACCAGCCCAGCAAGGACCAGUUUAACGGCACUGGUUCCAAACCCAGCAGAUAAUCCAGGUUAUCGCGCUCCGGCCUCCAUCUGGCUGAUUUCAGGGUUCAUUUAAUCUGAGUCAAUAAGGGAAAUAAUCAGUUUCAUAUUUAUUAAAUGUAGUAAUUAUGGAUUAUCGAUUGUUUUUGUUGCCAAUAAAAUUGUAUAUAAACAUCAGCUGGUUAUCUGGUUACAGCAGGAACCAAAGGGUUAAAGAUGGCCGAUGUGGACAGAACCGGCUUUAGUUUGCUGGUUUCUGGAUCUCAGCAGAAACGGGUCGUUUUUUAUUCUGGGUCAUAAAACCAAGACAGCGGAUUAAGCUGAUAUUUUCUGGCUGAAUUGAUCCUCUCUUCAGUUUCAACAAAGCAGUAGCGCGCUGGUUACCAUGGCGAUUUAUCCUGUGCAGCCAGCCUGCUCCUGGCCAGGCCGACCGCCAGGCUGUCAGAAAAUACCACUAUCAAUUUAAAACUUAUCCACAGGAAUCGUGAUCGAAUCCAAGAGUAAAAUCAAAGUGCUGCUUGUUUGUCUCAUUGAUUCUACAACCAUCUUUCUGUCCUUUCUGUUUUAUUGUUUUAUUGCUUGACACUGUGCAAAAAUUAAAAUAUUUUACCAAUA